GUUUUGUCAGUGUGAACUCUUGAGUGUGUGAGAGUGCGUGGUGCUCCCUCGCGUGUGUAAGCGUGCGUUGUGUUACCUCUGAAUAUUGUGAAUGGUAACUACUCAUCUAUUGACUGUUUGAAUCACGCUACAAUGUACUUCUAAAACCCAAAUCGACUUUUAAAUCAGUUUAAUUUGGUUUUGAUCUGUGUUUAAGAAAAAAAAAGACAGAUUCAAGUAGAUUGGCAAGAUAAAAAAUAGUGCUUUCCAUGAUAUUGAGGUAGAUUUAUGGAAAUUUAUCUACAGUAGACCUUUCAAACACAUUGGGCCCUGAGAAAUAACAUACUGGCACACACCCACUACUGACCCUAAACAGUGGGUCCACGACCAGGGGGCCUUGUGGAAGGGGCCUUAUCAAAUAGGCUUCAGCUCUAGGGCUCCAAGCUGUGUCUACCGAGUAGACAGCAAGGCCUUACAGAAGUGACAGUGACAGUGUUCUCGAUAUGAAUUCGAAGCAAAUUUUGGAAAGUGCCUGUACCCGGCCGUGACUAAAAGCCAACUACGACAGACUGGUUGGACCAGGUCGUCAAACAACCGGCUGGAACCAUGUUUCACGUGAUUCUCUAAGGCCGCUGCUGUCUGGGGCCUUCAGCGGAGGCUUCUGCGAGAAUAGAAACUUGUUCUACACGUGAGCUUGAAGAACUAGAGGAAAUGAUGAGUGGCCGUGACCUCUUGUACCGGAGCGUGCUGCGGGGCAGCCAGUGCGAGAGUCCGCAGUUGUCCAGCGACCUCUCGCCCAUGUCGAGUCUGGCACUGACUCUACAUCAUGGUGCCUCCCUCACUCAGACUCCCCGCAGGAAACUCUCCCUCUCCUCGACUAUGACUGAUACGCCGCAGUCCUGCCAAGAUCUUUCUCUGCUUUGCUCAAGUUUGUUGCAAGAAAGUCAUAGUCCAGAGUCUGGAUCAAGCCAGUGUGAAGAGUCUCCGAUCUCCCCGUCUCAUCGGCACUCUUCCCGUGACAAAGAGAACUUUCCCUCACCGUACUAUUCUCCGUCCCGCACUGCUAUUAUUCCGCCUCGGCCCCGUGCCAGCCCUCUCCAAGAUGUACAGAACACAGUCAACAGAAAUCUCAACUUUAGCCCUCUUAAGAAGAAUCUACAGUUGGUGUCACCCUCCAAGAGACUAUUUACUUCCCCACACAAGCCAUCUCCACCUGAUGAUUUUGACACAAACUCCCAAGAUAGCGGAUACUCCGAGAGCGGCAAAAAACUGGAUGACUGUUUCAGUGUGCCGGUCAGCUGCGCUCCACGGAAACUUAAUCUGGACUUGUCUCCUCCCAAACCUCGCCUGGCACUCUCCCCUGUAAAGCCAGUUACUGUGGUCUCGGCAACUUCCUCCCUCACUACUGUGUUUUCUGCAGCAACUUCUACACCUGUGUGCUCUUCAUCCAGCGUAAACGAGGAACGCAAGCCGUUUAGAAAAUUCUCUUCGCUCUCCAAGCCAGAGGAGGAAGACACUAUGCUUAUGGACCUUAUGAAUGAAAUGACCACACAAGAGGAAGAACCCGUUGGGUUCUCUAAACUCCUGUCGGAACCCAUUCAGCCUCCAACCCCUGUAUCUUCAUAUUCAGUGUGUCGUUCAAUCAAUGAUGGCCGUCCAUCCAUCAGGCGAUGUCUCUCAAUGGUGGACACGACACCUACAUCUUCCAGGGUGGAGAGCAUUAUCCCCAAACCACCACCACCAGAGGUCAGCAGCACUGUUUCGUUCAAGCGGCCUCAGCCUCCUACUGACCUCUCCAACUUAACAGAGUGCAAGCGACGAAAGCUAGAUGAAACAAGUGACCAGCUCUGUCCUCUGACGUCAAAUGCCUCGACUACAACCGGUGAAAAAAUUCGUGUUCCUCUUACACAGAGACAAGUAUCUGCACCUGAAGCAAGUACUGCUCAAUGUGUCAAACCUAAGUUUCAACGGAGCCACUCUGAGAGUCAUGUGUCCAUCAUGAGAGCCCUGAAUAAAAGCGCUGGUCAUGAUGGAAAUCUCAUUGGCGACUUCUCCAAGGUUGGUUUGCUUCCUACUGUUGAAGGUGGCAAACAUCCAGAUCUGAAGUCCAUUUCUGUUGAUACUCUGGCCGAUGUUGUGCGAGGCAAGUUCAGCAGUAAACUUGCCACUUGCCGAAUAAUAGACUGCAGAUACCCCUACGAGUUCGAGGGUGGUCACAUUAAUGGGGCCGAAAUGUGGCACCACCCAAAAAUGGUGGAGGAUCAAUUAAAUGCGCAGACGGGCGCCCCUGUUAUAAUGAGUGAGGAUAACCCCCGGCAAAUUUUAAUCUUUCACUGCGAAUAUUCUGCUGAGCGUGGUCCUAAAGCUCAGAGGUUGCUCAGGGAGAUGGAUCGCACUGCAAAUAAGGAACACUACCCGGCUCUCCACUUUCCCGAGACAUACCUUUUGGAGGGUGGCUAUAAAGCAUUCUUUGAAAAGUACCCAGAAUUGUGCACACCUAACGAUUAUGUGAGAAUGCUGGAUGCUAACUUUGCUGAGGAUCUGAAACUCUUCAGAGGCAAGUCUAAAUCCUGGGCAGCAGAAAAUAAGCAGUCGAGGGGGCGCAGCGCACUCCCUCGUCCAGGUCUCAAGAGACUCGGGUUAUGAUGACUGUCGGGUGUGUAGGUUUUGUAUUAUACAAAUGUCGCUAUUUCCUAAAGUGUGCGUGUGCAAUAUGUGUUUAUUUUGUUGUUGUGUACAGGAGACUUUUGUCCAGACCUGGUCUUCAUCAGUCAGGUGUUUGCUUAAGAAUACCAAAGGGAUAAUUUAUCAACUUGUAAAUACUUGUCCAAGAUGUUAAGGGAUCCGGCGGUGUGUGCCAUGUCUGGGCAGAAUUUUGUUGAUUUUUUUUGUUCUGCUGUCCUUAUUUCCCAUAAUUUGUUUGAUCUGAUCAAUUACGUGAUCACCGACAUUUUAUUUCUUUCCUCAGUCGUUAUGGCCAGUCUUUACCCACUUAAUUUGGUCGGUGACGGAUACAAGAGCCUAUCGAGGGCUUGCACAAAAAAGAGAAAACCAAAAAACCAAAAAAAAAAAAACUUCCCAUUCAUCAUAAAGCCUUGUGUAUCUCCUUUUAGUGAAAAUCACCUUUUCCGAGAAAAGAGAAGUGGGGAUCGUGAUACUGUGAUAAUAGGUAUGAUCCAAAUGUAAGAUUGCCUGUCCAUAGGCUUGCGUGUGCUUGCCAUUAAGCUGAAAAGUUGAAUUUUGAGAGUUUCACAUAUUUUUGUAUUUCUAGAAUGUACAAAACGUUGUUUUCCUUUUUAUAAAUUAUAUUUACUGGAUCUUUUAUGUAGUUCUACUUUCCAGCUUUAUAAAGUGUGACUGUAGAGAAAAAAAAGUGCAUGUAAAUCGGUUUAUACUGAAUAUCAUCCGAAAGAACAUAAAUGUGUUUUUAUGCGUGAAUGCAAACUUUUUAGGGUGACCCAUUUUUUUUAUAUAUAUACAGUAUAUAUAUAAUUUUUUUGAAACACUCAGAGUUCAGAGGCAUUCCUGAAUUAAAAGUACCCUGCUGCAGUUGCCAAUUUUGGGUUUAGUGUCCCUUGUUUGCCGAUCUCAAAACGCCGACCAUUCCAUACAUAUCAUGGGUUAUAGAUAACUUUUGUACCAUAAGCUCAUUCUUUUGUAAUGUCAUUCCAAAAAUGACAUUGUAAUGUAAUUUUUUAAUGGUUUUUAUCAUUUUAUAUCGUAAAAUUACUAGAGUUUUUUCCUUUAUUUUUUUAUUAUUUUUUUCAUCUCCUUUAGUAGACAAAAUGUUCACUCUUGAAUGUACCAUGUAAAGAUUUACGGGGAACAGCCUUAUAUUUGUAACAAAAAAAAUAAAAUAAAAAUGUUUCCCUCUCUAGUCCUUGUGUUUGGGUACAAAAAAAUCAGUGUCUUGUGGAAACCUCUAAAGUUGUACCAUUUAUCGACAAUACAUGGAAUUUAAAUAUA